GAUUUUGGUGUUUUAAUUUUAAGGCAUGGGGGAUAUAUGCAGGACCUGUUCGCAGGAAGCAGAUCCUGGGACGGCCAGCAAUCUGUUUGAGCCCUCGAGUGCUUCGCUUCUGGUCCAAAUCGAGGACUUGACCAAUAUACUGCUGCAGGACGGUGACAACUUACCUAAGCUGAUAUGCCAAAACUGUCAGCUUGACCUGAAGAUAGCAACUCACUUUCGCCGAGUUUGCAUCGAGGCCCAGGAACAACUACAACACCAGCUAGAUAGGGGCAAGGAUGAAGAGGAAUAUGAGUACCCGUGGAUCGAUUCCCCGGAGGAAGAGGUCGUAAAGGAGGAGGCUCAAGAUGACAUCGCUGAGUCCGAGUACCUGACACCUGAAUACGUUAUUGUAGAUGCUCUACUUGGUGUUCCAGAACCUCAGUUGUCGGAUGAGACACUUGAGGUAAUACAUGUUGAACCAGCACACUCUCAAGAGAACAAGUCAAUCGGUAGUCCCGACUCUCCAAAUCACACCUGCAGCAAUUGUGGACUCGGGUUUGAUGAUGCGGAAGAGCUCAGGAUGCACAAGUACCAGCUGCACGACGUCUCGCCCAAUACCAAAUUCGUUUGUGACCACUGCGAUGAGGGCUUUCGCUCGGCAGCUGCAAUGUCCAAGCAUUGCCAACUGUUUAACCUUCCAUGCACUCACGAGUGCGACAAGUGCAAGGCUAAAUUCCAUAACCAGAUCCUGCUGGACACCCACAUCGAGGUAUGCCAAAAGCGGGAUGAAGCCAAACACGUGUGUCAUAUUUGCGGCAAGAGGCUGUCUUCCGUCUUCAUUCUGAAGAGUCACAUUUUGCGUCAUUCGGGCGCACGUCCCCACAAGUGUCAGCAAUGUGACGCCUCCUUUGCCGUCGGCUCCGCACUGAAAACGCACAUGAAAACCCAUUCGUCUGAGCGUUCAUAUGUGUGCCGCUACAACUGCGGAAAAUCAUUCCGCUUUAGCAGUGCUCGCUCCACGCACGAGAGAAUCCACAUGGAUGAUAGCAAGCGGAUUCACCACUGCGAGUAUUGUCCCAAGUCCUUUGUGACUCCAAGCGCCUGCCGCGCACAUCAGAAUCUGCAUAACUCGGCCCGCGAUUACAGAUGUGACACUUGCUUAAUUGGUUUCCGUCAACUAAAGCAUUACCAAAGCCAUCUUAAGUGCAACAGCCACAAGGUCCUAGAGGCACGUGCCGCAGCUGCAAAGCGGCAUCCAUAUUUCCCACAUUAACAUUUCAUCUGAAAUUUUAAUUCUAAUUUGGUGCUGCAUU